GAGGAAGGUCUGACUGCGCCCCCACCCACCCACCCACCCACGCCACUGACAGCCCGGGCUUGCACACCUAGCUCAACCCCCGGGGUGGUGGACACCGAGCCUGCCGGCAGCUCUCGCCGGGACCGCGAUGAGCGCUCGCCGCCGCCGCCAGGAGGUCGUGGUCCGGAGCCAAGCGCUCUGCUCCCCGCCGCCGCCGCUGCUGCUGCUGCUGCUGCUGCUCCCGGGAUGUGCUGCCUUCAACCUGGACACCGAGCAGCCCACUGUCUACAGCGGACCCCAGGGCAGCUACUUCGGCUACUCAGUGGAUUUCUACUCACCCGUUAAAAACACUGUCAGUGUACUUGUAGGAGCUCCGAAAGCUAACACGACUCAGCCGGGGAUAGUGGAAGGAGGAGCGGUUUACUUCUGCGGCUGGCCACCAGGAGGUGCUCCUUGCAGCCCGAUCCCGUUCGACAGGAGCAGUAACAGAAUCAUCAGGAUUAAUGGCACAAGGGAACCUGUUGAAUUCAAGUCCAAUCAAUGGUUUGGAGCCACAGUUAGAUCCCAUAAAGAAAGUGUUGUGGCUUGUGCCCCAAUGUAUAAUUGGCGUGCCCUUAAAUUGACUGAAGAGAAAGAUCCAGUGGGCACCUGUUAUGUGGCAAUUCAGGAUUUCAGAGCUUAUGCAGAAUAUUCACCAUGUCGUUCUGAUCAGCCAGAUCCUGAGGGUCAAGGGUAUUGUCAAGCAGGAUUUAGUCUUGAAUUUACCCAGGAUGGGAACCUGGUGCUGGGUGGACCGGGCAGUUUUUACUGGCAAGGUCAGGUGAUUACUGCCGAUACUUUAGAAAUUUCAAAUGGAUACGACUUUAGAAACUUGCAACGGAGAGUGACUGGAGAACGACAAACUGGAGUGGCUCCUGCUGAUUAUGAUGACAACUACUUAGGAUACUCGGUUGCCGUAGGGGAAUUCACAGGAGACUCUGAACAAGAAUUUGUUGCUGGGAUUCCAAGAGGUGCUCAGUCAGUUGGAUAUGUUGCCAUUAUAAAUUCAACAGAUAUGACUUUCAUUCUGAAUUUCACUGGUGAAAAGAUGGCUUCUUACUUUGGAUACACUGUGGCUGUCUCAGAUAUAAACAGUGAUGGACGGGACGAUGUGCUUGUUGGUGCUCCUCUUUUCAUGGACCAGGAGUCCGAUGGGAAACUGAAGGAAGUUGGGCAGGUUUACUUGUACCUGCAGGAGGAAGACUUCCUCUUCAAGGAUCCUCAGAAACUGUUGGGAACUGAAGUAUUCGGAAGAUUUGGCAGUGCCAUAGCGUCUUUGGGGGAUGUGAAUCAAGACGGGUAUAACGAUAUUGCGAUUGGCACACCUUUUGGAGGUGAGGACAGAAGAGGCAAAGUUCUGAUUUACAAUGGCCAAAGUACUGGGUUAAAUUCCAAGCCAUCACAGGUCCUGGAAGGCUUGUGGACUUCUCAAUCAAUGCCUUCUGGAUUUGGUUUUACUCUACGAGGAGGGUCAGACAUAGACAAUAAUGAGUACCCUGAUUUGAUAGUUGGCGCCUUUGGAGCAAGUAAAGUUGCAGUUUACAGAGCUCGGCCGGUUGUGACAGUGGAAGCGCAACUGCUCCUGAUCCCAUCAAUCAUUAACCCAGAGAAUAAAAGUUGCCAGCUGCCUGGAUCGGAGAUGUUGGUGUCAUGUUUCACUGUGAAGGUUUCUGCAGCUGUGUCGGGCCAUGGGAUACCAAGUGUAAUAGUUCUGAAUGCAAAUCUUCAGCUGGACAAACUGAAGAAAAAAGGAGGGAUUGAGAGAACGCUGUUCCUCAAUUAUCAACGGCCACAUCACGCAUUCCAAUUCGUCUUGAGCAAUUUGGAACGCUUCACCCAACAAGAAUUUGUUGUUUAUCUUACUGAAGUAUUUCGUGACAAAUUAACACCAAUUACUGUGAGCUUAAAUUACAGUUUGGAUGAAUCUCAUACGUCAGGGAAUCUUAAGCCAAUAAUUAACUAUUACAGUGAAACGUUCCUUCAGAAAGUGGCACAUAUUCUACUGGACUGUGGAGAAGACAAUGUUUGCGUCCCAGCCCUUAAGCUUUCAGUUGUUCCUGAUACACAUCAGGUAGUAAUUGGAGAUGAGAGCCCUCUCACUUUGAUCAUAAAUGCCAGGAAUGAAGGAGAAGGGGCCUACGAAACAGAACUCAAUGUCAUCAUACCAUCAGAAGCAGAUUACAUUGGGGUUGUUCGCAACAUGGAGGCAUUGAGCAAGCCAAGCUGUGCCCAUAAUGUAGAAAAUUCAACUAAAAUGCUUGUCUGUUAUUUGGGAAAUCCCAUGGCAGCUGGAACCAAUCUGUCAGUCGGGCUGCGUUUCUCAGUUCAACGCCUGGAGAAGGUAGAUGUCAAUCUCAGUUUUACCCUGCAGAUCAAAAGUUCAAAUAAGGACAAUCCAAACAGCAACCUCGUCCAACUGCAGAUCAAUGUCAGUGCUGUCUCUCAGGUUGACCUUCGAGGGGUGUCCCAUCCUGAGCAAAUCUUCUUGCCCAUCUCUGACUGGAAGGUUAAAGAAAGACCCAAGAAAGAGGAGCACAUUGGACCACUAGUUCAGCAUGUUUUUGAACUGCACAACAUUGGGCCGAGUGCAAUCAACACUGCGAUCAUGGAAGUGGGCUGGCCGACACAUUACCGGGGCGAGUAUCUACUGUACAUCUUACAGAUGCAAACAGUUGGACCUUUACACUGCCACAUGAAUGCCACAGUUAAUCCACUGCAGCUAGAGACUACUGACCCGCCAGCUGUUGGGGAGCCUAUCCCUUUGCGAGACUCUUCUACAACUACACAUCACAUCACAAGGCGAGAAGUGAGGUUACCACAGCCGUUAAAGCAUGAUCGUGCACGAAUUCUGAAUUGCAGCAACAUUGAAUGUACAAAAAUAGUCUGUCAUGUUGAUCAUCUGCGGAAAGGACAGAGUGCAGUACUAAAGGUUCGAUCUCGCAUCUGGGUGCAGACCUUUCUAAAGAGAAGGAACAACCAUUAUUCUCUGCAAUCUCUGGUGUCAUUUGUAGUGAAGGAAAUGCCAUACAAAAUCCAGCCAAAGGAAUUACCCAGUGCAAGUACUGUGAUAAGAACAUCAGUGAUUUGGGCCACACCUGACGCUUCACUUGCGAUUCCCCUGUGGGUCAUAAUUCUAGCUGUACUAGUCGGUUUGCUGGUUCUGGCUAUUUUGAUCUUAGUCAUGUGGAAGUUUGGCUUCUUUGACCGUGCUCGCCCACCACAAGAUGAUGUAACAGAUCAAGAACAGCUUCACCCAGUAAAGGCUACAGAUGCCUGAGGACUGAUUAUAGCAGCCUCAACGCCCCUCGCAGCGGAUACUUAAAAAUGUCUCCACACCACGUAAAAAACGCGUCCGUUUAUUUGCUUUUGCUCGGCGUGUACAAGAAAACAUCAGGAGGAAAGCAAAUUUGAACAAUGCAAGUUAAUUGAGAAAAUCCUUUGUUCCCUGAGUAAUUAAGCAUAUCAAAUUGUUUUGCAGGCAUCAUUUUACCUGGAUAAAAGUAAAUGGCCCUUGUUUCUACAUAGAGGGCUGUUGUUAUUUUUCGGUUACAUUAAUUACUUUGAGGUUUUUUUAAGUGCAGGUGCUGUGCACUUUGUAAAUCAAAUAAAAGUUGUGUCUUAUUCUGAACAAACAGUAGAGGUCCACAUAAAGUCAGAAAUUUUCCAUGUCACAUUAGUCUCAUGAGUGCAGAUUUUUCAAUGUUCUACUGCAUUUCAUGAACUAUGCAUUGCUGCCCUAGUUGGGCAGCUCACCAGCAAUGUACUGGAUGUAAGCAGCAUAACAUUUUGCAAACAAAAAGCAAUUGUGCAGUUUGUUCUGGAGACACAAGGAACUGCAGAUGUGGAAACUUGAGCAAAACAUAAAGUGCUGGAGGAACAGGGCGGGUCAAGCAGUGUCGUUGGAAGGAAUGGAUAGGCGACUUUUGGGGUUGGGACCAUUCUUCAGAUUGAUCCAGCCUUCUCCAGUAUGAGGAAGGGUCCUGACAUGAAAGAUUGCCUGCACCAUCCCUCCACAGAUGCUGCCUGACCUGCUGAAUUCCUCCAGCACUUUGUGUUGUGCAGUUUAUUUUACUCGUUUGGCUUGAAUUAUUGGUUAACAAAGAACACGGAACAGUGCAGCACAGGAACAGGGCCUUCAGCCCACAAUAUCUCUGCUGAACUUGAUGCCAAAUUAAACGAAUCCCUUCUGCCUGCAUGUGACUGAUAUCCGUCCAUUUCCUGUAUAUCCGUGUACCCAUCUAAAAGCAUCUUGAAUGACACCGUUGUAUCUGCUUCCUAGACCACAACUGACAAGGUGUUCCUGGCUCUCACCACUCUUUGUGAAAAGCACACCUCCUUUAAAUUUUACACCUCUCACCUGAGUGCUAUACCCUCUCGUAAGGGAUUUUUCCACACUAGGCAAAAGAGUUUGAUUGUCUACCCUAUCUAUGCCUUCCAUAAUUUGAUAUUCUUCCAUCAGAUCUUCCCUCAGCCUCUGAUCCUCUAGAGAAAACAAUCCAUGUUUGUCCAACCUCUCCUUUUGUUAAUACCCUCUAAUCCAUACAGCACCAGGGACCCGGGUUCGAUCCUGAUAUUGGGUGCUGUCUAUGUGCAGUUUGCACAUUCCCCCAAGUGAUCACAUGGACUUCCUCUGGCAGAGCUGCAAAGUAGUGUGGAUUUUCCGUAUUUUGCACGGAAAUACGAUAAGAAUACAGAUGUAUGGAUUUGCUUUGUAUAAUACGGAUUUUUUUUAAAUCGGCCCGACUUCCUGUUUCAUCUUGCUGCUAAAAAAUGCAAGCAUAUAAAAAGUCAUACUGUACCUCUAAAAAUUAUAGCAUCUAUUAAUAUUUUAAAUUUCACUAUCUGGAUGAUUAUUUUUGUAAGCCUUGAUCUGCCUGUCCCGCUACAGGUCUAAACAGCGCUGUCAGUUUAGUGCUUGGGAAUUUAAAUGAACAGUGCUAUGGGUUCUAAUUGUAGUGCUACCAGCUGGAGCGCUAGUGCCUUUACACAUAGCGCUAUGGGCUUUACACAUAACGCUAUGGCCACAGCGCUAUGGGUCACAGACUGUCGGGGAGGGAGAAGGAGAGAGGGAAUGAGAGGGAGGGAGGAAAUAAGAGAGGGAGGGAGAAAAAAAGGGAGGAGAGCAGAAGAGAGGGAGGGAGGGAGAGAGGGAGGCAAGGUGAGGGAGGGAAAGAGAGCGAGGGAGGGAGAGGGAGGCUUCCAAAAUGGCUUCUACAUCAUCAUCUGGUGCUAAAAGCAGGAAGCAGCCGUUCAAACAGAAAUAUACAAAGAGAUGACAAUGAAUGCACUGUCAAGUAAGGUGUGUAGAAGACAUGUCAAUUGGUCGCAAAGUUAUGCAUUCUUGUACUCUUACAUGGGUAUGACCGCACAUUUAAAAAAAAAAAAUUCAGCAAAUUGGCACCGCGUAAAAAUACUGAUUUCCUCAGCAAAAUACUUGGCAGCUCUGCUCUGGGUGCUCCAGUUUACUCCCACAUUUUGUUUGUUGGUUAAUUGACCUAAUGUGUAAAGAGUGGAUGGGAAAGUGGGAUAACAUAGAACUAGUGUGAAUUGGAUACUCAAUGGACUCGGUGAGCUGAGGGGCCUAUUUCCAUGCGGUAUCUGAAAACAUCCCGUUAAAUCUCCUCUGCACCCUUUCCAAAGCCUCCAUUAGUUUCCUGUGAUGAGGUCGAUGAGAACUGCACACAAUUAGGUUCAGGAGAUAUUAAAGAUAAGAUAUUUUUGUUGUAUGAUUAAGGCUACAUCUGUGAACAGAUUAUUUUGUCUUUAGUAAAGGCAAAAUAAUUAGACUACCAAGAAAGGAAGCAAUUGCAACAUAAAUCAUGAAACAUGGUACUUCAUUCUGUGGUUUUGUAAAGAAUCUGCACUCAUGAUGUCUGGAUAUUUUCAUGUGAAUUAAUUUGAAGUAUGGUGUCAUCCUACACUGGUAGUGGGAGUAACAGAUUUUUAAACGUGCAAUAUUGUCUAUAUGUAUUUAUAAAUUUCUGAAGCAUGUUUACACUGGGAUUUAGCCAUACUGUAUGUGAGCUUUACAUGUAAGGUUUUCUAACAGUUUUACAUACGUUUUAUGGCAAUACAAAAUUUUCAUCUGAAUGAAAUAUUGAUGAAGAACUCCAUAACUUCUUCACAGUCAUAAGCAAUUUUCAGAUGGGUUUUUUUUUCUAAUUUACACGUGCUAAGUUACUGAUAUUUACAAAAUUACACAGCUUCUGUGGAAAGUUAUAUUUAUGGGUUCUGUAUCAUUUUGGAAUAUUCCUGAUUUAAGUGCAAAUUAUCUACUCCAGCAUUGGAUACUGUUGUACUAUAAAUAUAAAUAUAAAUUGCAAAUACAUUAUCAUACCUUUGUAUGGCCAACAGUAAGGUGAUUUCAUUGGAUUUAACAAUGCAGGAUCACUUGUUAUUGAGAAGUUGUACAUUUUUUGACAUUUGGAGCAAAGAAUCCAAUUCUCCUGAUGUGAUAUUUUUAAAUGUAUUGUAUAUCUGAUAAACCUGUGUCAUAUACUUUGUAAUUCAUAUCCAAUAAAAUGGAAUUGUCAGACUGC